AUGGAAGAAUCGCUCAUCAGCCUCCAAGUCACACACUGGCUCGAAGCAUUCCAUGCCUUCUUCGCUCCAAUGGAAGAACUACUCGGCCAUCUACACCUAGCCGCAGACUGGCUCGGAGCAUCCGGUCUAUACCUCCCCCCGAUGGAAGAACUCCUCAAUCACCAACACCACUCCGCGGCAUCGGUGAUCCUAGCCGCCAUACUCACGACCCUCACCCUCGCCCAAGUCGCACACUGGCUCGAGGCCUCCGGCGUGUACCAUUCCUACGACGAGUCCCUAUUCAAAGGAACCACCGCUCUCCUACGCGCCGUUUAUGGUCUCUUCAGCUGGAGCACCCUACAGGGUCUCUUCCCCAACAACCAAACAGCCCGCGAAAGGGAGCGCAGACUGCUCGACAACUGCGCCAACAACGACCUACUCCCACCGAGACGAUCAAACUCGACAUCUCGCAGGGUAGACUCCCCCCGCGCGCGACUCAAACGCUUCAAAGACCAGUGGAAGGACAAGUCCUUCCCCGGCAGCAGCCGACCCCCCUGGAUCCGCGAGCAGCGCCUCGCAUGGGAGAGGAACGUGUGCGACCUGUACAUGGAGGCCCUGGUGCGCGACCACGACGCCCUGGAGGCGCAGCUGGCGGAGCGGGACGCCAGCCUGGAGAGGCUGAGGGGCCAGAUGGCCGAGCUGGAGCUGAGGGUCGAGCAGAACAGGAACUGGUACUGCAAGAUAUGGAACAUGCACAAGCCGGGGGACGUGGUGAGCAGGGCGCCCAUGUCCAUGGCGAAGAUGGCGCUGAGGCAGACGGAUCUGUGGGAGGCCAUGUACAGGCAGAAUCUCAUGAGGAUGGGGGAUGAGUUGCAGACGGUGAGUCUUCAGCUAGAUAAGAUGACGGAUAGUGAGCGGGCGUUGAAGAGGAAAGUUGCCGGUUUUGCGAAGGAGAGAGAAGCGCACAGGCAAGAGAGGGAGAAUAAUCAGGUGUUGAUCGAAAAGUUGGGACGUGAGUUGGAAGACAGCUUGAAGCAGGGGCAGGUCGAAGGCCAAGAUGGGAAACGGGCGGAGGACGUCAAGACUGAAGAAAACCUUGAGGGGGAGGAGGCCGACGAGCGACAGAUAGCUGCGUCAGUGGGGAGAAUGAAACACAAGACAUCAAAGGCAUCUGUCAAUCUGGAAAACAAGCAGCUGAGCGAGGAACUCGCGGAUACUGAUGUCAACGACGACGAUAUGAUUAUUUCUUGGGAAUAG